GCUGGAGCAUUAUGACUAUGUGGAGAAUGACCCUGAAUGUACCCAGCAUUCCCAUGUAAUGCUCCUCGAACUGGUGAUUGACAGAAGAAAUCUAACAGGAGGGACAUCUCCGCACUGAAGUCUACCCUGCAAGACGUGAAAGCUGAGAAUGAGCGUUUGAAAAGCUGCUCACCCAUGAUUUCAGAAUCAGGUGCAUCAUUAGCCAGUGCCCAGUCAACCCUCUCAUGUCUACCACAAACCAUCCAUGGGCCAGACUGUGAUUUCUCAGACACCUCGCAGCCACGGUCUGCAUAUGGUGUCACCAGGAAUGUCUGUAGUGUCCAUUCUCAGACAAUUGAGUCAUCUCUGGUGCCCUGUGAUGCAUGUGCAAGUGGUCAGGCCAGCCUCCGGGAGGUCGGUAAAGCCAUCAUCAGCAUCUGCCACAGCCAGAACAUCCCCUCGUCCCUGGGCAAAUUCCAAGAGAUGGUUGAGGAGACCCUAGGCAACAAGCCACUCACCGCUAUGGACAUGAGUUUCUGGGCAUCAGAACAGAGCAAAGACCUCUCCCGUAUCAACAAACAUCUUGGGGGGCUGAUGCAGCUGAUAAACCCUUUGAAGGCAGAGCUGGAAGAAUCUGAGAAACAGAAGGAUGAACUGAGGAAGCAGGUUGAGGACUUUGACAAGCUUCUUCAGAAGGAGAAUGAGACCCAGGAACGGCAGAGGAAGGAGGCUGAGCAGUACUUGGAGGAAAAGAUCAAAGAGAAUUUGCAGAUCACAGCCAAAAUGGAGAAGGACAAGGAAGAUCUACGGACAGGAGCUGUUGUGCUGGAGGAGAGAAUUUCCACCUUGAAAGAAGAGCUGCUGUCACAGCAAGCUACCAUGCGAGAGCUGGAGCUGACCAAAAGCACCCUGCUGGAGGAGAUGAGGACUAAGAUGGCCCACAAGAGCCAGAUGACGAAGCUGGAAGACCAAGUGCAGCUGCUAACCAGCCAGUUGGAGAACGCAAGCCACGCACUCAGUGGGGCCACCACCCAGCUGGACAAGGAGAAGGCCAAAGUGGAAAGCAUGCUCAGGCAUGAGGAGUCGCUCCAGGCCAAGCAGAGGGCCCUGUUGCAACAGCUGGACUGCCUGGAUCAGGAGUGUGAGGAGCUGAGGGCCAGCCUAGGCGAAGCAGAGGACGACAAGGCUAAGCUGGAGCAACAGCUGAAGGAGACACAGGCUGAGAAGCGGCAGGUUCAAGGCCAGCUCGAAGCCCAGCAGCAGCUAAUGGAGAACCUGCAGCAGGAGAAGCUGAGCUUCGAGCAGUCCACAUCCAAACUACUGAGGAACAUCUCCGAGCUGGAUGAGCUGCUCCAGGAGCUGAAGGAGAGGGAGAGGCUGCUGGUGUCCUUUCCAGACCUCCACAUCCCUGCUGAGGCGCAGUUUGAGAGGAAAUCCUGUUUCAUUGCAGGCACUGGGGACAUCGCUGAUGACAUGGAAAAGCAGCUGCAGGCGAACAACAUCCGCAUCAGUGUCCUGGAGGAAGAGAACUCGCGGCUCAGGACCGCACUAGCCAAAAUGAAAGAAGCGGCCCAGCAAGGAGUGUUAAGGCUCAUCCCGCAGACCCAGCUCUGGGCUUGCUCCUCCUCCAGGACUGGCUCCAAGGACGGCAUGAUGGACCCCCACAAGGCUUCCACAGGCAACCCUGCCCUCGCACACAGACCUCCAAGCAGCACAGUGCCCCAUCGGCUUGCGAGUGGCCAAGCCAGCAGCCAGAGCACAGCACUCCAGAGACCGCCAAGCAGCCAUCUAAAGCCAUCCUCCACAGAGGCCACAUGGAAGGCAAUGUCCUGCGUCUCCCUUCCAGUCGAGAACUCGACCAUCAACACUUACGCCAGACUGAAAGGGAAAGGCAGCGCAGCCAGAGUCCAGGCCCGCUCAGCUCACAGCCCCAGGAACCACCAGAAAUAGAACCCCAAGAGAGCAACUCCUGCUGGAGGUGUUCAGCUAGGGACACAAAUAAAGCUGUUUACUGUUCA